ACAUAAUAAUGCCCUUCCCAGAGGCCAAAGCCCUCACUGCACACAGCAUAGAAUCCGAUGGAAGACGGAGACGGUGGUCUGAGCUUCGACUUCGAGGGCGGUCUCGACGCAGGCACCACCAACCCCGCUGCGGCUGUGGCGGCGGCAGUCCAAUCCGAUCCCGCCGGAGCCCCCGCGGGCCCUGCCACCAAUGUAUCCGUCCCCGCCAGCGCGGAUCCGGCUGCCGGAAACCCCGCGGCGCGACGGAGCUUCCGCCAGACGGUGUGCCGGCACUGGCUUCGUGGACUGUGUAUGAAAGGAGACGCUUGCGGCUUCCUCCACCAGUACGACAAGUCGCGGAUGCCGGUGUGCCGCUUCUUCCGGCUGUACGGGGAGUGUCGCGAGCAGGAUUGCGUCUAUAAGCACACCAAUGAGGAUAUCAAGGAGUGCAACAUGUAUAAGUUAGGGUUUUGCCCAAAUGGUCCUGACUGUCGUUAUAGGCAUGCAAAGCUGCCUGGACCUCCACCUCCGGUCGAAGAAGUCAUCCAAAAAAUACUGCAAAUGACUUCUUAUAGCUAUGGAAACUCCAACAGGUUCUUCCAGAACAGAAACACUAACUAUCAUCAAACAGACAAAUCCCAGCCUCUGCAAGCCCCUAAUUCUUCCGCUCAAGGAACAGCUGCAAAACCUUCAACGACAGAGUCUCCCAAUAUGCAGCAGCUGCAACCAGUUCAACAACCUCAGCAGCAGGUUGGACAGACCCAAGUACAAAAUGUUACAAACGGCCAACAAAAUCAAGGGAAUAGAACAGCCAUACCUCUGCCUCAAGGAAUAUCUAGGUAUUUUAUUGUCAAAAGUUGCAAUCGGGAAAACUUGGAAUUAUCAGUACAACAAGGAGUAUGGGCAACUCAAAGGAGCAAUGAGGCUAAACUGAAUGAAGCUUUUGAUACUGUAGAAAAUGUUAUCUUGAUCUUUUCAGUCAACCGGACUCGACACUUCCAGGGUUGUGCAAAGAUGACAUCUAAAAUUGUUGGUUCUGUUGGAGGAGGAAACUGGAAGUAUGCACAUGGAACUGCGCAAUAUGGGCGGAAUUUCUCUGUUAAAUGGUUAAAGCUAUGUGAAUUGUCUUUUCACAAAACUCGUCACUUGAGGAACCCGUAUAAUGAGAACCUACCAGUGAAGAUUAGCAGAGAUUGUCAGGAGCUGGAGCCUUCCAUAGGUGAGCAGUUGGCUUCCCUGCUCUAUCUUGAGCCAGAUAGUGAACUGAUGGCAAUCUCACUUGCAGCAGAAUCAAAGCGAGAGGAGGAAAAAGCAAAGGGGGUCAAUCUGGACAAUGGGACCGAGAAACCAGAUAUCGUCCCAUUCGAGGACAAUGAAGAGGAGGAGGAAGAAGAAAGCGAAGAGGAGGACGAAAACUAUGGCCAAGCUUUUGCUGCAGUUGCUCCAGGCAGAGGAAGGGGAAGAGGAAUGAUGUGGCCUCCUCAUAUGCCUUUGGCACCAGGUGCUAGGCCUCUCCCUGGGAUGCGGGGCUUUCCCCCCGUCAUGAUGGGUGGUGAUGGAUUUUCUUAUGGAGCUGUCACACCUGAUGGUUUUCCCAUGCCUGAUCCUUUUGGUGUUGGUCCCCGUCCUUUCCCCCCAUAUGGUCCAAGAUUCCCAGGUGACUUUGCGGGUCCUGGCAUGAUGUUUCCUGGCCGGCCACCUUCUGGUGGGUUUGGGAUGAUGAUGGGUCCAGGACGAGCCCCUUUUAUGGGUGGGAUAGGCGUUGGACCAGUCCCCGCAAGAGCUGGUCGGCCGCUUGGCAUGCCUCCGAUGUUUCCUCCGCAGCCCGCACAGCACUCAAACCGACCUGUUAAGCGAGAUCAGAGGGGACCCGUUAUUGAAAAGAAUGAGAGAUACAGUGCAGGUUCAGAUCAAGGCAGGGGUGUAGAGAUGGCCGGUUCAGGAGCCGUUGAUGAGACUCCAUAUCAGCAAGGGGUAAAAGCCCAGCAAGAGGAUCAAUAUGGUGCUGGAAACAACUUCAGGAACGAUGAGAGUGAAAGCGAGGACGAGGCUCCACGAAGAUCUCGACAUGGAGAGGGAAAGAAGAAGAGGCGUAGCCUGGACGCAGAUGCUAACCCUGGUUCUGACCAACUAGUGUAGUCAUGAUCCCCAAUAAACAUGGUAGCCAUUUUUAGGUCCAUACACAAAAUUAAAUUAUAUACCAAAACUAUGAUGAUCCAUCUGCCACUCUAAAUGGAUCUGUAUGGUCAUGUAAUAUUGAAAAUCUGGGGUGCUAAAGAAAAUCUCUCUAAGCUUUCUCUCUCUCUCUCUCUCUCUCUCUCUCUCUCUUACUUAGAGAUUGAAUUCCUUGCCGUAAUUGUGCAUAAUGCAAUGCAUGUACUUGAAAACCAAAUUAGUGGCAGGGAUGGGUGGGCUGUGAUUUUGUUUUCCAUUCGGUUUGGUUUGGCUUUGUAUAUACGUUGUCUGUUUUCUUCUCAUAAUCUCAUUCCAUUUGAUGUUUC